AUGAAAGCUAGCGCUUUUCAGGUUUUGAAAAACAACAAUCAUAUUCAUGGUGGAGGAUCUGGAGAUGCACACUUUGUCUGCCAAGAAAAACAGACAUUUGGAAUAGCCGAUGCUGCUGGUGAUUCUGCUAAAGGCAGCAUAUACGAUCAAGAAUUGAUGUGCAACUGUUCCAUUGCGCUUCCUGGUCAGUCUCAAGGGGCUGUUGAUCCAAAAAGAGUCCUCAAAAUAGCCUAUGAAAUUACCAAGCCUAAAGGACCUUGUACGACUUGCCCUAUUAAUAGUAGAGGCAACAGGUUGCAUUGCCUUGCUAGUAUUAGAGGUAACAAGUUGCAUUAUGUCAGCAUAGGAGAGUCGAUUGAUGUUAAAUUCUCAGUUAAAAAACGAGGAAAAUCAACUGAAGAUUUGGCUCGUGCCACUGCAGAGUUAGCAUAA